UGUGACUGCCUUCCUUAUUUUUGGACGUUCGAAGUGAUAAGUGCACACGGAAGCAGGUGCGCGAGCCUUUCCUACUUUUUCCAGUUUCCGCAAACCCCAAGACACCGCCACAAUGCCAACGAUAGAAGAACUCUCAGACAACAUUGAGCAUCAAUAUGCGCAACACCAGGCCGCAGGGCCCCAGGCCAAGCACCAGGAUGCUGACAAGUUUAUCGACGACCUCAUGAAGACACCCUUGUUCAUGAAGACCAUGCCGACCGAAAAGGACCUGGAGGAGAACGAGACGUUGGCAGCUAUACACUCGCUUAUUUACGACGGGACGCCUGAAGAAAUUGCAAUGAAUUUCAAGAACCAAGGAAACGAGAGUUUCAAGGCGGGCAAGCGGGAGUACAAACAUGCUAUCAAUUACUACACAAAGGGACUGGAGCAGAAGGCCGACAAUGCGGAACUGAAUGCGACGCUUUACUCUAAUCGUGCGGCUGUGAAUUUGGAGCUGGGCAAUUAUCGAAAGGUCCUGAACGACUGUGCGGAAGCGAUAACAUUGCGUCCGGAAACUAUCAAGGCAUAUUAUCGGUCGGCAAAGGCUCUCAUUGCGCUCGACAAGCUUGCCGAGGCGAUAGAUUGUUGUGACAUCGGUUUGAAGAUAGAUCCCAAUAAUGCGGCGUUGAGUGUAGAGAGGAAGAAGGCCGUAGAUAGGAAGAUGCUGCAGGAAGAGACUGAUAGGAAGAGGAAGGAGCGAGAGGAGAGAAUCAAACGAGAGGAAGGGGAAGUCCAGCAAGCUAUUCUGUCCAAAGGUAUUAAGCCGAUAAGAAGCAACAAGCCCAGCAAGGACACGGAGCAGCCCGCGAUUGUCAACUCCCUACACUCCGACCACAAGAUCAAAUACGAUGCCCAAACCAACAUCCUCACCUUCCCCGUCGUGUUCCUCUACCCGGAACACUCGCAAUCAGAUCUCAUCGCUGCGUUCAACGAGGACGACCUGUUCCAAGCCCAUCUGGAGAUGAUGUUUGGCGACGAAAGUCCAUCGUGGGAUACGGGGAAGACAUAUAAGCCGGACGAUCUCGAAAUCUACUUUGAGGGAUUCCCAAACAAUGGACCGGCAAAGUUGUUGCGGGUUGGAAAGCGGAUGACGUUGGGUGAUGUGCUGACGCAUCCAGAGUUCCGAGUGGUAGACGGCGUGUGCACAUUCGCGGUGGUACCGAAGACAUCGCCUUACAAGAAGAUCUUGAAGGCGAAGUAUAAGCAACGAUCAUAGGACGUAGAGCUAGACUAGAAUCGGGGUAGGGCAAGCAUUCCGUAGAACGUGCAGCGAUUCCCCCUCCACAUUGCGACUCAUUUUCGAGCACCCUAGGCGUUUUCGUGUCCAAGAGACACUUGCAAUCAAUCAAAUUCCCCACCGGCAGACAGGCUCCAGAAGAC